AUGGAAACUCCUCUCAUUGGAAUAAAACUACCAAAGACCCUAAAACAUUGGACGGAAGCAAAUACAUACUUCCAACUCCACAGAACGUCCUUACCAAAUGUAUCCGACAUCAACAAUUUCACCACCUCAUUCCAAUCACUGAUAUACAAUUAUUUUGCAUCCAACUACGGCACCUUAAACCCAUCAUUCAGCAUCGACGACUGCAAGAAAUAUUUUUACAACAUACUCCACGACCCAUUUCAUAACAAGUUUCGCCUCUCGAACUGGGUUCCAACAUUGCAACAACCAACAAUUUCAUGCAACAUCGACCCCCCAAAAUACCACGAAAUAGCAACAGUCAUUAGAAAAUGCAAACUUAGAGCAUCCCCCUGUCCACUUGAUCAAAUCUCAAUAAUUGUCUUCAAAAAAUGCCCUAUGCUGCGCACAUUCCUUCACCAAUUAAUAGUCGAAUGCUGGAGCAAACCGCACAAACAAAAUCCGCAAAAUUUAGAAAUUUUUAUCCUCAACUGCGGUUUGAAACAGCAUUGCGGAUAUCCGCUUGGGUCAUUACCAUACACACGGUUUGCUGAGUUUACUGCCAUUAACCUAAAAUUUGCAGUCUUAUUCAGUCAGAACUAA